AUGUCAUAUAUACCUGAUGAUAACAAUCCAUUCAAUUCUUUAAGACGAAGUAAUUUUUCUUAUGAAGAAUAUAAAAAUUGUUUUAGAUAUUUUGAUUUCCAAAAACAAGGUUUUUGGACUCGUGGAGAUUUUCGUCGUUUUCUCAAUGCACUCUUUUCUAAUAAAAAAGGACCCCAUUUGAUAUUAAACGAACAGAUUGAUGAAUAUUUUCAUGAAACUGAUUUUAAUCAAGAUAAAAAAAUUGAUUUUGACGAAUUUCUACGAGCAUGGAGAAAACCAAUUAAAUGUGCUGUAAGACCUGUUAGUGCACUUGUGAUAAUCGAUGUUCAAAAUGAUUUUAUUUCUGGAUCAUUAGCUCUUCAUUCUUGUCCUGCUAAUCAUCAAGGAGAAGAAGUUGUCCCUGUUAUCAAUCAAGUUAUUCGCACUGUUAAUUUUGAUGUUAUUGUAUAUACAUAUGAUUGGCAUCCAUCAAAUCAUGUAUCUUUUUACGAAAAUCGUCAUUUAAGAAAAAUAUCACCUAAAAGUCGUAUUAGUGCUGAUGCAGCAAAGGUACAUGAUAAAGUUAUUUUUGUCGGAUCUUCUAAAUUAACUGAUUCAAUAGAACAAGUUCUUUGGCCAGCACAUUGUAUCCAAAAUACACAUGGCGCUGCUUUGCACCCGGAUUUAAUCCAGGUUAAGAAUGCUAUACAUCUCUAUAAAGGAACCAAUUCUGAAAUAGAUUCUUACUCAGCAUUUUGGGAUAAUAUGAAAUUAAGUAAAACAAGUCUUGAUGAUCAACUUAAACAACGUUUUGUAACUGAUGUUUAUGUUGUUGGUAUGGCUACAGAUGUUUGUGUUGCUUCAACAGCAACGCAUGCUAUUGAAAAUAAUUAUCGAACUGUAUUAAUUGAAGAUGCAUGUCGUGGUGUAAGUAAAGAUGCAAUUGAAGCUAAACAAAAAGAACUUAAUAAAAUUGGCUGUAUUUUUGUUAAUUCAGAUGUUGUAGCUGCAAUGGUAGCUGGUGACGAUCGUCGACCUAAAAUAGCACGUGCUAUGUUUGUUGAAAAUCUCAAAGCAAUUGGUCGUUAUCAUCCUCGGUAA